ACACUCGACGUCAAAAUACUCUCCUCAACCGAAACAGAGGCUCGCUGUCAAUUAUGGCGCUAUCAUCUGCUUUCCAAGAGAGGCUUCUGCAGAUGGAGGAAACCAGAAACCAAAGGCUCUCUCUCCUUCAGGCGGAGAAAGAACUUCAAAGCAAGAAAUCUCUGCUGCUGGAAUCGAAGUUUUCGAACAUCAGAUACAUGGAACAGCGUUGCCUUAUACUUGAGCAGAAGAACGCGGCAUUGAACUUCAAGAUACUAGGUCACAGGUCGGAGAUCUCGCGUCUGGAGGCCAAGUACCAGUCGACGUUUCAACAAUUGAGGGAUCUGAAGAGUGAGGUGGAGGAGCUCGAGGAUUGUGAGAAGGAGAAGGACAGGUUUUAUGUAAUGAAGAGAUGUGACAUGGAGGAUUUCAAGGGACAAGUGAAGAGAUUCGUUUUGGAAUCACGCCAACAAGUGCAAGAUCGGAGGCGCAGACUUGAUGAGCUCAAAUCGAGCCUUCAAGAACUUCAGGGCAACAAUGGGGUUCUGGUUAAUUCAGAGAUUGCUGCAGCAGAGAAAAAGAAGGCGGAACUUUUAGCUUUUAAAGAGAACUGGCAGAGAAGAUUGGCAUCAAAUUAUCAACUGAAAGCACAAUUGCAGAAGCAGCUUCAAAACAUUUUACUUUCUCAACAGCAAGAGAGGAGAAAACUGAAACAGAGCAGCGAGAAUGAGAAGUCCAAGACAGAAGGCAUACAAAAAGAACGAUAAAUCAGGGAGAACGGUGUGGAGCAGACUUUGUGUAAGUUCAUCUUGUACAUACCUCUACAAAAUCUGUUAGACCCAACCUGGAAUGUUUCUUCAUUCAGUCUUUCAUGGUA